AGUCUCUCAAUGUCAACUGUGUGGAAUGUGCGACGAACAUUGAGCAGCCACCCCAGAGUCCAGCCUGAAGUCACCAGCAGUGUAUCCAGUAUUUCACAGACAUCCUUCGUCCUACUUUGCUGCACCAUCGGCUGCUGCUGAAUCGUUUUCAAGGUAACCCUACUGCAAGAUGUCUUCUACCCCAGAGCUGCACCCCCUCCUCUUCCCAACGCUGCCCCCCUUCCCCCCAGCCACUCCAGGAGUCCAGGCCGCGGCGCUCAAUGCCACCUCUUGCGAGGAGUGGGAGCAGACCCACCACCUCCUCUUUCAUCUGGCGAGUCUGUCCCUGUUGUUGGGCCUGGUCAUCCCCACCACCCUUGGCCUGCACAUGAUCCUGUUGCGCCUCCUCUUGAUGACAGGAUGUGGUCUCUUCAUUGUGUGGGCGACUCUGUACAGGUGCAACCUGGAUGUGAUGGUUUGGAAUGUGGUAUUUCUGGUGGUCAACUUCAUGCACUUGUUCUUCCUCCUGUACAAGCACAGACCGAUUAAGAUCGACAGGGAGUUGCGGUCAGUCUACAAGCGGAUGUUUGAGCCCCUCCACGUGCAGGAAGCUUUGUUUCAGAGGCUCACAGGGCAGUUCUGCACCAUCCAGACACUGAAGAAGGGCCAGGUCUACGCUGCCGAGGACAAAACCUCUGUGGAUGAACGCCUCAGCAUUCUCCUCAAAGGAAAGAUGAAGGUAUCGUAUCGAAGUCAUUUUCUUCACAACAUCUAUACCAAUUCAUUCAUUGACUCUACAGAGUUCAGGUCCACUGAGAUGCACAGAGGAGAGAAGUUUCAGGUGACCAUCAUGGCAGAGGAGAACUGUAAAUUCCUGUGUUGGUCUCGAGAGAGGCUCACCUACUUCCUGGAGUCAGAUACUUUCCUAAAUGAGGUGUUCAGGUACCUCAUUGGCAAAGACAUCACCAACAAACUGUACUCUCUAAAUGACCCCACACUCAGUGACAAGGCGGUGAAGAAGAUGGACCGUCAGCCCAGCCUAUGCUCUCAGCUGUCUAUGAUGCAGAUGAGGAACAGCAUGGCGAGCAGCAGCGACACUGAUGAUGUCCUUAACCAGAUCCUACGAGGAGGUUCUGUUGGAUCAUCACUCCAAAAAUCCCCUGGCACCAAGACCUCUUCAAAGAUGAAGCCCAUCGAAGAAGGCAUGGAAGAUGAUGUUUUUGAAGUAUCUUCUUCCAAAUCUCACCGUAUACCCAGCACUUCCACUGAGGAAGUGUAACCAGCAGGGGAAGAAUACACAAGAUCAAAUGAAUGCACAUCUUCUUUAGCAACAACUAGAAUCUGAUAGAAGAUAUACAUUUUCUUUUUCGAAGCCACUAGAAAUAACUUCAGGGAUUACUCCAGGGGUCCUGGCUCGCUCCCAGAGCUGCCAUAGACCACCAUAGAGCUAGCACCCUAUCACAGUCUCAGACUGAGAGCUGACUGCUUUUUUAUUUUGAUUUAUGAACAAUACUAACAUACAUAGAAAUAACUGUUUGCACAUCUCUAACUCUCUUUUUCUUGCUGACUUGAAGAGAGAAUAUAAUUUGUGUUUGGUAGAUUAUGUCUCUGUUGUAACAAUGCUUCUUGACAAUAAAUUGUAUACCGUUGGAAAGCCUGUUAAUUUCACUUUUUGAAUGGCGCCCCAUUUGUAAGGAACAUGCAUUUGUGGGAUGAGCAGCACAGCAGAGUAUCUGGGUUGCGCCCAUGAAUAAUUUGCUGAAUCUUUUCUUCCAAUGCCAAUAUUCUGAUAUUGCUAUUGACUCUUGUUUAGUGGAUUGGAUGAUUGAAGUACAUCAGUAACAAGAAGAAACAAGACCUAUUGGCAAUUUUACAAUUUCAUUGUGAAUUAAUUAAUUUAACAAACAGUCAGGAGCCUUAGUAGUGUGUGGAAGAACCAUACACAACAGCCUGGCACCUCCUCCUCAUGCUGGCCAGCCAGGUCACAAACUGCUGUGGGAUGGUAUUCCACUUCUCAAGCAGGAUUUGUUGCAAGUUACAUUUCAUUUAGCUGAAAUCCAAAGCGACUUACACUAUAGACACAGCUACGGAGAACAAUAUAGGGUGAUGUAUCUUGCUCAAGGACACAUCGACUAGGGCCAUGAGCUGGGAUCGAACAGGCAAUCCUCUGAUUGAAAGACGGACCUGCUAACCCACAGUCGCAAGUCAGCCAACGUGGUCGUGUUGGUCACUCUAGCACGAACAGCACGCCCCGAGCUGAUCCCUCAAGUGUUCAAUUGGGUUGAGGUCAGGACUAUUGGCAGGCAAUUCCAUCCUCUCUACUCUCAAAUUCUGGAGGGAGUCUCUGAUAAACCCCGCUGGGGGUCAUCUUGGAGGAUGGAGUUCGGUCCAAGACUGUGGAGAAAUGUGAUUGCCUCUGAUUGCUAAAUCUCACCUCGAUAUAUCUCUGCAUUGAGAUUGCCUCUAAUGAAAACAAGCCUUGUUUUUCCAGUGAUGGAGAUGCCGCCAACACCAUCACACUGCCUCCACCAAAAGGUGUUACUCUAUUGGUCCAGCAAUCAGCAUAGCAUUAUCCCCAUCUUCUCCACACGUUGACCAUACCAUAUCAUGUGUGUUACACCUUUUACAACAGAAUAUUUGUGAGGAUUUUUAAUUCUUUUAGAGAAAAUAUUUUAUUCAACAAUGUAUUCUUUUUUUGAAUGUUGAAACAGAAAGCGCUACAUAGAUGUCGUUUAAACAUUUUGAGUGAAAGGUCUAGUCCUGAUACUGUUAGUUCUAUAUUAAAGCUUUAGAUUAAAUACUUAUUGGGACUACACUGUUGCGAACCAUAAAAUGAAUCAUAGUUUUUUAGUUUUCUGUAUCUACUUUUUUUACCAUUUGUUUUCAAAUGUACUCAUUAAACUCAAAUAAAUGGC